AACCCGUUUUUGAACAAUUAAGGACAAUCACAAUACAAAAGUUCACUCGCAUCAAGUGUCAAUAACAAAAUAAUCAAUCUCAAAAAACAUAUCACUAAACAGAGAAACUAACAAUCAUCAAAUAUACCAUAUAUUUAAUAUAAGUAUAACAGUGAUAUUAUCUCUUCGUAUCCAACAUGAAUCGCAUACAUAUCGAUAGAUCAUUGCCAACGUAUAGGGUUGGUAAGUGGAAGUGGAACGAAAGAAAAGAAAAGCUUAAAUUUCUGCAUUAUACCGAUUUGGAGGGUCAGCCAACACGUUUUAUUUACACAAAUGGUUAUAAGUUUAUUCGCACCAUCAACCAGGACGAAGAAUCGGUUUUACGAGAACAGUUUGUCCGCUCCGAUAACUCAUUCGAUGCGGACACUGUGAUAAUCGAUGAUGUGCGGAAUUUAGUGUUAUUUUUAAUGCCGAAAGAGUUUUUGAACAUGCAGUUUCUUGAAUUUAUGCACCACCCUAUUGUGCAUAGACUGUUGCAUGGUUUAAUUAUAUAUUUUGAAUACUUUUUGCGUUUUGUGGAGCUGAUCCUAAUACAGCGAGAUGAACUCAGUGACACAUACCAGCAGAUUAAGUCACACAAUUCGACUAAAAUUAAGCGAAUUUGGUCCAAAUAUUUGAGCCAAUAUCGAAUUCUGGUCGCUCGAGAUUAUACCGAACUGAUAACGGGCGAUGGAGAUUUACAUCAAUUCUACCAUCUGCGAAGCAAGCUCAAUAUUUCAGCCACGAAGACGGACGGAAUUCUGUACGAUCAAUUCCUAGCGGUUGCAACUCAAAUCGUUUGGAUCACCUUGCACAGGCGGGCAUAUUACGUGAUCGAGAUGGAAAUAAAUCGACUCUUUCGCUCUGAACACUUCUAUACAAAACGACCAGAGUAUCCGAGGUUCACGCCCGCGGAACGUUCGCUGCUCUAUGGGCGCUACAAUAAGAUUGUCAACUAUCGUAAUCAGACCUCACCAUUAAUGCAGGAGAUGCAAAAUAUAUCCACUGCGGAUGUGCCUAUUGUAUUGAUCGGUCGACGUAAAUAUCCUGGCACCGAUCCACGUAUGUUAGAGCUCGAGCUGGAAUAUAUCGUGCCGGGAUCGCAGCUGCGUCUCAUCGAUGUACAGCACGGCAUACUGGGCCAUCCGAAAGCGGUGUACGACACUCUCCUCAGGUUGAAUUGGGCUGCUCUGCGCCAGUCCACGCAUGCCUGGAUAACUAGUAAACAACCAUAUCUACGCAUACCCAACAUCGAAAAUAUAGAGGAGCACAAGUCGUCUGAGGAGUUGAAGUAUCGCUACAAUAUCUUCUUCCAGCACGAGCCAACGAAUCACGAAACACUCGACAAAUGGUUGAAGCGUGAAAAGAUACUGGAAUACUAUAACAAACAUGAAACUGUCAAAAGUGUUUAUGACGAGGCCAAAACCCGUUUGGCAUUCGAAGAAGAAAGGAGCCCCGUCGAUAAGAUUGUUUCUAGCUACUUGGGUAUCAUUUCCAAACUGCGACUAAACAAAAGCUGAUUAUCGAAUAAGCAAAGUAAGGAAAGGCAAAAUGGACUACUGAGCAUAAAGUAACUCCUGAAGGUGAGACAAUGGAUAAUCUGCUGGAGCUCUUUUUAUAUGCCAAUUAUGUUCGAAUUUAGAUUUAAUUAUAGUUCUUUAACUAGUUAAGUCUAAUUUUACUUUGUAACGAAUUAAUAUCUUAAAUAAAUGUAAACAGGACAAGAAUUUA